GUCCAGGUUUUACUAGUCCUAAGAAUGUUUUCAUCACUUUUUCAACGAAACUUUAAUCGUGUGUGGUCAUAAUUACACGUGAUUUGUGAACUUUUCACACACAAGUGUCUCUCGCGUCUUGUGUGUGUGUGUGUGUGUGUUUUUAUAUUCCAUUAUAUAUAUUUAUUAAAAAAAAUAAAAAAUUUAUCGGAGAAAAUAAUAUGACGAGAAAAUAAUCGCGCUACGUAAUUUUACUAAAAUGUGCGUCAGUACCGACUAAUUUACGCGCCAAAUACGUUGGUCGUAUUCACAGGCAUAUAGCGUGUCAUAUCAAUAUUUCUCAUGAAAAACAAAAAAGAAGAUUCAUGAGCUUCAUGAGAUCAUUGUGGCUGUGACGUUUUAGCGCGUACAACACCGCGAACGCUACAAAGCAGUGAUUUUCCGCAAACGCAACAAACCACAGCCGGGACAAUAUCGUACGAUGGAUGCGACGGUGUCAUAAGAGUUUCUAUCUUCGUCUCGAAAAACGCGCAAAUUUCCAAAGAUGAAUAAUACCAACGAACGAACACCCCUCGUGGAGGGCAGGAUAGCGAUGUCCACGAAAUUGGCCUACGCUCUAGGACAUAUUUUCAACGAUUUAACGGCUGCUAUGUGGUUCUCUUACACUUUGAUCUAUCUGCAACGAGUGGUAUUGCUGCAGCCUAUCGUCGCCGGUGCGCUUCUACUUCUGGGACAAGUUGUCGACGCGGUUAUGACGCCCGUCUUCGGUUUCGUCGUCGAUCGCUACUGCAAGAAGAAAAUUUGGCACGUCCUCGGCUCCGUCAUGGUCACUCUGACUUUCCCCGUAAUAUUCGGUGGUUUCGCUCAUUCGUUCAGCUCUCUCGUUAUGCUCUUGUACGUAACGAGCAUCGCGAUCUUUCAGACGGGUUGGGCGGCCGUGCAAAUCUCUCAUUUAUCAAUGAUUCCCUCAUUGACUAAUUCCCUUCUGGAUCGAGCCGAUUUGACCGCAAUAAGAUAUUCCGCUCAAGUUAGCGCGGCCGUGAUAGUUUUCAUGGUCACGUGGAUAGUUUUGCCGACUAACGGCGACUCGAUGGUUCAAUUGGAUCAACGAGAUGAUUACAAAUUCAGAAAUAUCGUAUUGGUUCUCACAGCUUUGGGUCUUACCGCGACCACCUUCUUUCAUUUUUUCCUAAAGGCGAAUCUUUUGGAACGUUCAACGAUAUCCAGGAAGGCAGGUGUCAAUGCACCGGCCGAAAUUAAUUCGUUGAAUCGUUGGAUGUCCAAUGAGUGGACGCGCAUCACGAUUUUACUACGAGUUGCGAUGCUAUAUGUAGCUAGCAGGUUAUUUAUCACUCUCGCCACGGUAUACCUGCCAUUGUACAUAGAAGAGACCGAGGUCGGAGGAAAGCAAGCAUUGGCCACCGUGCCACUUGUCUCCUACGUGUCCUCCUUCGUCGCCGCUUUAUUACUUAAGUAUAUCAACCGAUGUUGUGGAACCAAGAUCUGCUAUUUUCUUGGCGCCGUAAUCGGUAUAAUCGCUGCCGCCGUUACGGAAUUUGCGAAGAGCGACACGACGAUCGUGUAUAUUAUCGCCGUGCUAAUUGGCGCAGGUAGUUCUAUCACGAUGGUCACGGCGUUGAGCGUGACUGCCGAAUUAAUUGGCUCCAGGACGGAACGCAGUGCGCUCGUGUACUCUAUCGUUACUUUCCUCGAUAAGAUCGUCACCGGCCUCGUAGUAAUACUCAUUGAGAGAUGGAGAUGCGACGAUAAGGAAUUUUGCCCUAACUACAAUCGAGACACAUUGUCCAUAGUGUGCGCCUCGUCGAUGCUAUUGGGACUGAUAACUUUGCUAUCAGUAUCUCGUUGUUUGACGUGAAACAGAAUUAUCCGAAAUGCGUAAAUAUAAGCCUGUUUUUUCUCAGUAAACAAUCUGUGCGCAGACUGGCGUCAGAUUGCAACAGGAUCUGUCGACAGAUCCAUAGUCAUCUGCGUUCCCAACUGCCGUCAGACUGCUGACAAAGUCUGCUAACAGGCUCUGACAUCAGAUUGGCGGCAUCAGAUGCGUGCAGAUCCAGUCGUUUCGUAGGUUCCUCAAUUAAAUUUUUGGUAUAAAAUUUUCUCAUAAUUUUUCAUAAUUGCUCAUAGAAUAAGCGCUUUCUCAUAAACACUCGUAAAAUACAA